AUGGCGGAGCCCAAGAUUCCAGAGGCUGUGCCCCAGCCCACUGACCCGGCCAAGAGCUCGCUGGACGAGCUGCCUGCUGACCCUCUGCUGGGAUCCGACUCGUUUAUCGACCCGGACAGGGUUGAGCCCGAGGAAGCCUUUCCGGAGCAGGAACAAGUCGGGUUGGACCCGGCCAUGGCGAUUGCGGCGCAGCCGAUUUCGAUUCUCCGUCCCGGAGAGGAGCUGGUGACGGUGGAGAAGACGCCGCGAAGGAAAAACAUGGAUGAGAUGUCAGUGAGACCGAGCUGGUUGCCUGAGGGCUGGGAAAUGAGCCUUAGAGUUCGCGCCUCUGGAAACAGCGCUGGAUUCAUUGACCGAUACUACAUUGAACCAACUGGACAGCGCAAGUUCCGUUCCAAGAAUGAGGUCCUUCACUUUUUAGAAACAGGCAGUAAAAAGAAAAAACGGCCAACUUCUGCAACAGCUGCUGCGCCUUCAGAGAGCCCGGCCAAACAAAAUAAGUCCGGCAAGAGAGGCAAGAAGUCGGGGGACGUAAAUUCUGAUGCUGCUCGCCCGCAAAAUGCUACCAAUGGCGUUGAUGCGGAUGCUAGUUGA